GAGAGAUGGAGAUGGAAACAACGAAGGAAGAAAACAAGCUCAAAGAGCGUAAGGUCUCAUGGGCAAAGCUCCGUCGAGUUGACUCUCUCAAUCUGGAAGCUGGAAGAGUUUCUGAGACCCAAACCUCAACAUUUACUUGGAAAGUCACUCUAAGUUUAGCAUUUCAAAGCUUGGGGAUUGUGUAUGGAGAUGUCGACACGUCCCCACUUUAUGUGUAUGCCAGUACUUUCACCAAAGGGAUUCAAAACAUCGAUGACAUUCUCGGUGUCUUGUCCCUUAUCAUCUAUACCAUCAUCCUCGUACCUAUGCUUAAGUAUGUUUUCAUCGUCUUAUGGGCUAACGACAAUGGAAACGGUGGAGCAUUUGCGCUCUAUUCGUUGUUAUGUCGCCACUUAAAGGUGGGUCUCAUUCCAAAUCAACAGCCAGAGGACAGGGAGCUUUCAAACUACAGACUGGAAGAACCAUGCAGCCAACUUAAACGGGCCGAGAAAAUAAAGAACAAGGUAGAAAAUAGUAAGCCUGUGAGGAUUUUUCUCGUACUUAUAACCAUUGUGGGAACUUCGAUGGUGAUUGGAGAUGGAGUUCUUACUCCAUCAAUUUCAGUUCUUUCUGCGGUAAGCAGGAUCAGCAAAUCCAUGGGUCAAGGCGCAGUUGUGGGAAUAACUAUAGGGAUCCUAGUGGCCCUUUUCUCUAUUCAACGAUUUGGGACUGAUAAAGUGGGAUUUUCAUUCGCUCCCAUUAUCCUUAUAUGGUUUUCAUUCAUCGGGGGAAUCGGUCUUUGCAAUAUAUUCAAAUACGACGUUGGGGUAUUGUGUGCUUUCAAUCCAAAGUACAUAUUUGAUUAUUUCAAGAGGAAUGGUAAGCAAGGAUGGAUAUCACUUGGAGGAGUCUCUUUAUGCAUUACAGGAUCAAAAGCCAUGUUUGCUGACUUGGGUCACUUUAACGUACGAGCAGUUCAAAUUAGCUUCACUUGUGUCACAUUCCCUACAUUACUAGCUGCAUAUAGUGGGCAGGCAGCAUAUCUACGAAAGUUCCCAGAAAACGUGUCCAAUACCUUCUAUGAUAGCAUACCAGAUCCCUUAUAUUGGCCAACAUUUGUCGUAGCCAUAGGCGCUGCCAUUAUAGCUAGCCAAGCAAUGAUUUCAGGAGCAUUUUCCAUCUUAUCACAGGCUCUAAAUCUGGGUUUUUUCCCAAGGGUGAAGGUUGUUCACACUUCUGUGAAGCACAGCGGCCAAGUCUAUAUUCCUGAGAUCAACUACAUGUUCAUGGUUGCUUGUAUUAUUAUCUGUGCGGCCUUCAAGACCACAGAAAAUAUUAGUCAUGCAUAUGGGAUUGCUGUGGUUUGUGACAUGAUGAUCACGACCUCGCUGGUUACACUUAUAAUGCUAACUAUUUGGAAGACAAGUCUCUGGUGGGUUACUCUCUUCCUUAUGAUAUUUGGCUCCAUAGAGGCACUCUAUCUUUCAUCUCAAUUAACCAAGUUUCCACAAGGAGGCUUUCUUCCAAUUGUAUCUGCUUUCUUCUUUACCAUAAUCAUGGGAAUGUGGCAUUAUGUGCACAAAGAAAGAUACAAUUUUGAGCUUGAGAAUAAGAUCUCCACUGAACAUGUAAAUGAAUUGAUCAAUGGUUCGAAUGUGAAUCGUGUGCCCGGAAUCGGACUUCUAUAUUUUGAGCUAGCUCAGGGCAUUCCUCCCAUAUUCCCUCACUUCAUUGCCAAUGUACCAUCAAUCCACUCUGUAGUUGUGUUUGUUUCUAUAAAGUCAAUUCCUCUUAGCAGAGUCACAUUAGAAGAGAGGUUCCUGUUUCGCCAGGUAGGACCAAGAGAGCACAAGAUGUUUCGAUGUGUUGUGAGGUACGGUUACAAUGAUAGGAUUAAAGAACCAAAGGUGUUUGAAAAUCAAUUAGUUCAACACUUGGAGGAGUUUAUUCGUCAUGAAGAUCUUAUUGUGAUCCGUGAAGAGGCUAAUCAAGAGGCUCAGGGAAGCACAGCACAAGUUGGUGCUUUGGCCUGGAACUAGAAGGAGAGUGAUAGUGAGGUCAAGUUUGUGGCAAAAGCAAGGGAGAAAGGGGUGGUGUAUUUGUUGGGGGAAGCAGAGGUGGUGGCUAAGCCUAAUUCAUCCUUCAUCAAUAAGAUCGUUGUUAAUUAUAUUUACAGAUUCUUGAGGCACAACUUUAGGCAAGGGGUCACACAUAUGGCUGUUCCUCGUAAAAGGCUUCUUAAGGUCGGAAUGACCUAUGAAAUAUGACAGCUUCGUGCGAGUAUAUGUAUUAACGUAUCAUGUAUUUUCAACAUCACUUUUGUACUUUGGUUUUUGUGUGAAUCUGCAUAUUUAUCUUUGUUUCUAGCUCACACUUCUACAUAAAUGAGAGAGGGAGUGAUGUUUUAAUUUUAAAUGUAAACUUAAAAUAUGAGGCUUCUUGUUUGCCA